UUGGAGGCGAUCAUCGAGAGGGAUUAUUUUCCGGAUUUGCGAACGAAUCGGUUGAAGGCGGCGCUGCUGGAGGCGACGAGACGGGGAGACGCGCGGGCGAUCGCGGCGGUGCAUCGAGAGAUGAACGUGGAGAGGAUGCGAAGAGUUGGUUCUCGGGGUGGGGUGGUGGGGACGCCGAGCAUCGGGGGAUCGGGGACGACGGCGCGCGACGCGGAGGCGAGCUGGGAGACGGAGACGCCGCAGAGGGCGAACGAUUUUGAAGACGACGACGAAGAGGAGGAAUUCGUAGACUACGAAGACUACGAAGGACGCGGGAUCGAGGGCAUGCGUGGGAGAUCUACGGCGUACGAGGAGGACCGUCACUUGAGCGUGAAUGGGUUUUUGGCCAAGUACACGUCGGAGGACAACGCUUCGUUUACCGAAAUUGUCAAACAAAGCGAGGCGAAGCGGGCGUUAAAGAAGCGGCAUUUGGAAGCCGUCACGGCGCCACCGUCGCGUCGAGCGGCUUUAAUCGCCGCCCUGGCGUCUCAUCCCCAGCCGUCAUCCGCGUUGGCGCUUGUCGAAGGCGCAGAGGUUGCCGAAAGUGAUCCAUCCGCAGCAAAGGUGGUCGCCGUCGUCGGUCACGAUAGCCUGUACACCGCCCCAAAUGGUGUGGCUUUGUCGUUAAAAGAGCGCCAACGCAUCGUGGCGAGCGAACCUAAGGUCACGAUUGCGGCGAACACGCGAUUUGUGGCGCCAAAGCCACGCACAGACGGAAGCGAAGGUAAGCGCGCGGCGCUGAAGCGCUACGAGCGCGUGCACACACCGAGCAUGACUCCGGGCGUCGAAGGGAGCCCAAUUAUGACGUGGGGUCAAAUCAUAUCGACACCAUUACGCUUGGAAGAUACGGAAGAAGAACUAGCGGGCGCGGGGAAGUUUUCGAUGAAAGGUUCGAGCGCGAGAGAGCGAAAAUUGCGCGAACUCACCGCGCGAAACGCGAGCGGUUCCGCAACGCCGACGCCUCGGACGCGACGCGGCGCACCUACGCCGAAUGGACUGUCGAAAGCGGGGAAGAGUUUACUCCGACGCGUCACGACACCCGCUCGACGCGCAGCGACGACGCCGAGAGAUAGCGAUUUGCGAAAAUCAUAUAGCGGAAGGACGCCGCGAACGACGCCGGCGAGCCAUGGCGGGUUACUUAGAUUAGACGAUUAG